AUGUCGAGAAAUUUGGGUGUUAUUUUUGUGGAUGGAUCGACCGCCGGCGACGGCAGGGCCGAUGGGGAUGGAUUUACCGAAGCAUUCGCUAGACGUUUUCGUAAUUUUCAUGGAGCAGUGCCUUACCGGACUGAAGAUCUCAAAAGUCCUUUCUCCGUCGGAUCUCAAUAUUUUCUUUUUGCUUUUGUGAAUAUUGAUCGCGAACUCUCAAGCAAAGGAGGUGCCGCCGGUGCAAGACUGAGUGUUGCCGAAAGAAUUGAGACCUCGAAAGUUGGGAUCGUUCUGAAUUUUCUCUCUUCUCAUACCCGCACUCCAUCUUUUUUCUCUUAA